AUGGGUUUCAGAUUUGGUUUUCCCAACGUGGCAAUUCGUAAACGAAUGUCAUGGUUUGAUUUUUCUAUUGCUGUUGCAGUCGGUGUUAUUGGUGGCAUUUAUACAUUUCGACCGGGUCUGCAAGAUGCCAAAAAUGUUAUUGAAAGACGAGAAGCGUUGAAAGAAAUUCAAGCGAGAAGACGUGCGGAAGCUGAAAACGAACUUAAAUCACAGACCGCAAAAUGA